AUGUUCUACCAAGGAAGCGUCAGUGUGAUCAUCAGCGGUGAAUCGAACGAGCCCGUUCACUACUCACCUUCACCCGUUCCAUUUCUACUAAAUUUAUUCCUCAAAUAUACCCCAUUUCAUGUAACUCCCAUAAAACGGGCAAAAUUAUUGGAAAAAGUUUUUCGUCUUUCUUAUUUCGUUGUCGGAAUCGGUGUUCUUCUCGUGCCGAUCGGAUUAUAUUUUAUGAAUGAUUAUAAGAUUUGGUCUCUCGACUGGUUCUUGAACUUGAACUUUGUCUGCUGGUCAUUUAUCGGUUUUUUAGCCGGACUUCAAUUGACAAGAUGGUCACUUGCCGGUCUCGAAACAUCAAUUCAUUCAACAACCCGUAAAUUCUCUGUCGUCAAGAAAGAUCUUCGAAAGGACACAAGCUGUUUAAAUUUUCGUUUGAAAUUCUUCAUUUUUCCUCUAAUGGUUCUCUCGAUGAGUGUCUCAUUUGCGAAAACGCCAAUAUUAGAGGCGAAAAUGAAUGGAUUCUCGAAGCCGAGACUCUCAUCCUCUCGGAGACUUCAAUUUGGACAGAAAAACAAGAAUCAAUCAGUC